ACAAAGAAACAAAAGAAACAACCUUAUUGAGCCAGUAACGCCAUCUUCUAUCUCAGCCGACCCAAUGGCGUGGUCAGCUCUUACCGGCCCCUGCGUGGCCCUCGUCCUGCUCUUCUUCGGUUUGACUUCCUGCACUCCCUCUGGCCCAGCCUCCGCCACCUGUGCCACCUUGGAGCAGAGCCGCUUUUUCGGCGUGUUCUCCUCCACGACCACCCUGCACUCGUCGCCUUGCUCCUGGACCCUUCAGAAUCCCGAUCCUCGCCGCUACACGGUCUACAUGAAGAUCACCAAGCCCACCGACUCCUGCGUGCCCCGCCAGAUCAAGACCUUCCAGUUCGACUCCUUCAUCGAGACCUCUCGCACCUACCUGGGUAUGGAGAGCUUCGACGAGGUGGUCAGACUGUGCGACGCGUCAACCACCGUCACCUACCUAGAGUCCAGCAAGCAAUUCCUGCAGAUCCGCAAGGCGGCCUCAUCCAACGCCCUGGAGACCGUGGAGGGAGAUCACAGUGUCAGCGAGUUCAAGGCUGAGUUUCUGGUCGUGGGGAAGAGGAACCCAAGCAUGCCUGCCUGCCAGAUGCUGUGCCAGUGGUUGGAGAAAUGUCUGUCAAGCAGCACCCACGAUUAUCCCUGUGGCAUCAUGAACACCCCCUGCCAGUGUUGGGAGGCCCCAAAGAGGAAGCCAGGAAGCUGCUACAGAGGUGGUGUCUACGUUGAGAAAUGCUCUCCUGUCCCCAAAGACAACGGACGCGACGCUGAGAUUAUCAAGGGCUGGGCCGGUUGGGGCCGCUGGUCCGUGUGCAGCCAGGAAUGUGGCGGCGGAGUCCAGGUGCGCAGCCGAUCCUGCCAGCCCGAGGAUGUUGUGUGUGAGGGAACAGUGGAGGAAGGACGUGCAUGCAACCCUCAGCCCUGCAUUGGCAAGGAGCGAAACAGGAGCCAAGGUCUGCGUGCAAUUAUUGGUCUGAAGAGAGACAACGCUGAAGACUCCAUCCUUGGAGCUGUUGCCCCCCAAACAGAUGAUAAGACAGAUGAGUGGGCCCAGUGGAGCGCAUGCUCAGUUACCUGUGGGGAGGGCUGGCAGAGCCGUACACGUGUCUGUGCCACGUCUUCCUUCACCACCCAGUGCACCGGAUCCCUGCGUGAGAACCGGCCUUGCAACAACACUGUCGUUUGCCCUGUGGAUGGUGCCUGGGACGAGUGGACCCCCUGGAGUUUGUGCUCAUCCACAUGUGGCCGUGGUUAUCGUGACCGCACACGCACAUGCAAGGAGCCCCAGAACGGAGGAGAGCCCUGCCGCGGCCCCAUAAGACAAACCAAGUUCUGCAACAUCGCUGUCUGCCCAGUGGACGGAUCCUGGAAUGACUGGUCAGCCUGGACUGCAUGCUCUGCUUCUUGCUCCAAUGGAACCAGGCAGAGAACAAGGGAGUGCAACGGGCCAUCUUACGGGGGCUCUGAGUGCCACGGUGGCUGGAAAGAGACAGCAAACUGCUUCCUGAAAGAAUGCCCUGUUAAUGGAACCUGGCAUUCAUGGAGCUCAUGGGGCAGCUGCAGUAAGACCUGUGGUGGGGGCAUCCAGCAGAGACAGAGAGUCUGUGAGGGGCCUUUCUUUGGAGGAGAAUCCUGCCCCGGUGAGACAAAGGAGCAGAAGCGCUGCAAUGACAAAAGAUGUCCAGAGCCCCAUGAGAUCUGCUCUGAGCAGAACACAGGUGAUGUUGUGUGGAAGAAGACCCCUGCAGGAGAUGUGGCUGCAGUCGCUUGCCCCGCUGACGCCUCAGGUCUGAUUCUGCGUCGCUGCACCCUUGACGCUGUAGGACUGGCCUCCUGGGAGAACCCAACUUACACCAAGUGUGUCUCAAAGAACUACGAGAACAUUCAGAUGCUGUCAAGGGACUACAUCUCCAAAGCACAGACGGGGCAAAGUAUCGAUGGCGUGGCUGAAGUGAUUUCACGCUUGAGAUUUUCUUCUGAUGAAAAAUCCAAAUACAGCGGCGACCUCUUGGCUGUCAUGGAAAUCUUGAGGAACACUACUGAGCUGUACAAGGGGACCAGGCUGAGACUGAGCAACGCUGAUGUGGAGAACUAUGUCCAGACCAUCAGCAACUUGCUGAAGGAGGAACAUCGUGACAAAUGGGAAGAGGCACAACUGAUGGGUGCCAACAUCAAAGAGUUCCUCCGCCUUGUCGAGGACUUUGUGAACAUGAUCGGCAUGCAAAUGAGCGGCUUUCAGGACAUCUACGAAGUCACUGAGAAUUUAGUCCUGAGCAUCCACAAGCGCCCAACGACCACAAGCUCCAACUUCACCUUCCCUGUGAAGGGCUGGAGGGGCAUGUUGGACUGGGUCAGGACCUCUGAGGAGAAGAUCUCUGUGUCUCGUGACGCUCUGUCCCUCAAACAGUCUGAUGGCAGUGAUGCUUUUGUGACCGGCAUUGUCCUCUACAGAAACCUCGCCUCAAUUAUGCCUUUCCAGAGCAACAGCACCUUGCUCAACUCCAAGGUGGUGACAGUAAUUGUCAAACCCAGCCCAGAUCUUCAGUCAUCUCCUGUCGAGAUCGAGUUCCCCCAUCUCCAUAAUGGCACAGUCAAUGAAACCUGCCUUUCAUGGGACGACAGCGAAACUUCCUCUCUUCUUGGGUCUUGGUCUACUCGGAGCUGCAGAGCGGUGCCCGUUCAUUCAUUCAGAACCAAAUGCGUGUGUGACAGCCUCUCCACCUUCGCCAUUUUAGCGCGCGUCAACUUCGACUCGAUCAUGGACAAGGCGCUGCUCCCAUCCGUGACUCUCAUCGUUGGCUGUGGGGUCUCUUCUCUCACCUUGCUGCUCCUCAUCAUCAUCUACGUCUCCGUGUGGAAGUACAUUCGCUCAGAGCGUUCUGUCAUCCUCAUCAACUUCUGCCUCUCCAUUAUUUGCUCAAAUGCCCUCAUUCUCAUCGGACAAACCCAAGCUCGCAACAAGGUGGUGUGCACUCUUGUCGCCGCUCUGCUCCAUUUCUUUUUCCUCUCCUCUUUCUGCUGGGUGCUGACCGAAGCUUGGCAGUCCUACAUGGCUGUCACUGGUCGUCUGCGCAAUCGCAUCAUUCGCAAGCGCUUCUUGUGCCUGGGAUGGGGUCUUCCCGCACUGGUUGUGGCCGUUUCUGUUGGUUUCACCAAAGCUAAAGGAUACGGCACCGUCAACUAUUGCUGGCUGUCCCUUGAGGGUGGACUCCUCUACUCCUUCGUUGGUCCUGCUGCAGCUGUUGUUCUGGUGAAUAUGGUGAUUGGUAUUCUCGUCUUCAACAAGCUUGUAUCCAAGGACGGCAUCACUGAUGUGAAACUGAAGGAAAGAGCUGGGGCGUCCCUGUGGAGCUCGUGCGUGGUUCUACCCCUCCUGGCCCUCACCUGGAUGUCUGCUGUCUUGGCCAUCACAGACCGACGCUCCGCCCUCUUUCAGAUCCUCUUCGCUGUCUUCGACUCUCUGGAGGGCUUCGUCAUCGUCAUGGUGCACUGCAUCCUGCGUAGAGAGGUUCAGGAGGCUGUGAAGUGCAGAGUGGUCGACCGCAAGGAUGAUGGAAAUGGCGACUCUGGCAGUUCUCUUCACAAUGGUCACCCCCAGCAUAUGUCUGACAAUGAAAAGGAUGGAGAUUCAAGCAGACAAGGAAUGAAGAGCUCAUCUGAAGAAAAGAUGCCCCCUCCUCAGCUGCCCCUUCCCAUGGGCUCCAACUUCCACACCCUGCCAUCCAAGGGCAGCCACAUGCAGGCGGUUCCCGAGUACUCCAGCCACACGCUGACCCUGAAGAGGGAGAAAAGCCGGCUGGCAGGAGGAGUUGACCCGUCCUGUGGGAAACCUGUGUACGUCUGCGAGGGGGAGCUCUUCCAGCAGCUGGAUGCGGACCUCGCCCUAGCUCAAGCCGAGGGCAGCCUCUCCGACGGCAGCGGCUACGUCAUCAUGCCCAACACCACAUCCACCCUGAAGUCCAAGCCCAAAGACGACCCGACGAAAUACAACAUCUGUGUGGAUCAGCUGCCCCAGGCCAGACUCAUGCACCUUGGCGGGCCCUUCGCCGAGCCCCAGGCGGCCUUUGGGAUGUCGUCGAUCCCUCCCGACCAGGUCAGCGUGUCAUACUCUGAGAGAGACUCGCCGAUCCAGAACAUCCACAACAUGUCCAGCGAGUCUCACAUCACCCACAGCAGCCUGGAGAACACCUUCGAGUCCAUGAACUCAAUGAUGUCCAAGAGCGAGACCAUCUCCACUCUGUCCAUGAGCUCCUUGGAGCGACAAAAAUCCCGUUACGCUGAAUUGGACUUUGAGAAAAUAAUGCACACCAAGAAACGCCACCAGAACAUGUUCCAGGACCUCAACAGGAAGAUGCAUCACGCUGAGAAGGACAGAGAGUCUCCUGCUUCUGACAGCAAGUCUGUGAGAUGGAGUGUGUCUUCUGGAGGAAGUGACAAAACAAACCACAGCGACAAACAGCAGGCUCCAAUGGAGAGGCCAUGGGAAGGAGUCCGGGGAAUACCUCAGUCGCCCCCUGCAUGGGUGCGUAAAGACCUGGAGCCCCUAGCUGCCUCGCCUCUGGAGCUGCACUCUGUAGAGUGGGAGAAGGCGAGCACCACCAUCCCCCUGGUGGGACAGGACAUUAUCGACCUGCAAACGGAGGUCUGAGGGGGAGGAAGGGGGCUGGAGAAGCCACCCAAUUUCACCUCAGUCACCUUUUUUGGUUUGAGCAUGAGAUCCUUUAUGGAUAGUGUAGAGGAGCCAAAAGAGGGUGGAGAGUAGGUCCUCGAAUCAUCUUCAAAACCUCAGCCUGAGCAAGAAGGCGGGGAGAGAAGGAAUGAUGGAGGAGAGGGGUUGAAAGCAAAAGUACUGUUGGAUGUAGCUUCUCGGUGCGGACUCUUAUCAGAGUGCUUUGGAAGUCACAAGGGUUA